UUUCUAACUGACAAUUGUUUACAAAAUAAAGCUGUGAUGUUCCACAGACUCCAAAUUCGAUCUACGUUUUAGUGGUUGUGACUUAGUUAAAAAAUUCAAAUUCCUCGUUAACCACGCAGAAUCACGCAACACCUACCGGGAAAUGAUUCUGGCGAAAUGCAAUUGCUUCCGACUGCAACCGGAAAGGAAUGGCGUGCUAACGAACUUUAAAAUUUAACCCCGGAAAUACAUUUAAAAAAGACACGAUGAAACAUAAACGCGAACAGGAUCUUUUGGUUGACUUCAAGGAUUUCCUUUGGCCAUUUCGUUCCCAGUAUGUGUGGCAAUCCUUGACCUCAAACGUGAACCCUAGACCUCAAGUUAAAAAGCGGCCAAAAUGGAAGUUCAGUCUUCAAGUGGAUAAACCCUCGUGCAGUGCUGAGUAUUCCGUUCAGUGUGUCUUCACCAGAGCAGGGCACAAUGAACAGGCUGGUUUCAACGCUCACGUCAAUCCUGACAUUUUUGCUGCUGUGUUCUGAUUGCGCCCCAGUACUCCCCAAACCAAUUAACGCCACCCGAAAAACUACACACUCACUUACGCCAACAACAGCUGCUGUAGUGGCCACUACGGCCGCUUCCGUCACGCAGCAAACGCUUGCAUCCCAGUUGGUUGUCGCCCAACCGUCUGAAUCGAUCCGCCCGGAGAAACGGCCUGCAAGUCUUUUACAGUUAUCCAGACCGGAAUUUUUACCGCAGUCGCUUAGCAAUGAAUCAGCUGAUCGCAAUGCUUUAUCACCAAGAAAUGGCGAAGGAGUUACUGUCAACGUAAUCAUGGGGUUUCUGCAAAAAUUUGGUUACUUGGAAGGCCGACAAGAUUCUAAUUCAGAAGCCAUGUUCAGAGAGGAAGCUGUGGUCAACGCGAUCAAAACAAUGCAGAGUUUUGGGGGUCUCUCGCCAACUGGAAAGAUGGACAAUGACACCUUACAACUGUUGGUGACCCCUCGUUGCGGUAACAAAGAUGUGGAAUUGGAUGAUAACGAAGAACACAGCGAAAGACGCAGAAGAAAGAGGUUCGUGGUUGGUGGACCUGGCUGGAACAAACGGAGAAUUACUUACUUUUUAGCGAAUUGGUCGCCUAAGAUAGGCGAUGAGGAAACAACAAUUAAACAACUCGAAAGAGCCUUCAAAGUCUGGUCGGAUUACGCACAUCUCAAGUUCGUGCAAGUGCCAACACCAGAUGCAGACAUCACGAUCCUCUUCGGAAAUGGAUACCAUGGCGACAGGUAUCCAUUCGAUGGUCCCGGAUACACUUUAGCCCAUGCUUACUAUCCUUACGAGUUCGACAAUUUCGGCGGUGACAUGCAUUUUGACGAAGAUGAACCAUGGACCGUUAACUCCGAAGACGGAUCAGGAGUCGAUUUUUUCACUGUGGCUACACACGAACUCGGGCAUUCUUUGGGCUUGGCCCAUUCACCUGUUCCAGGCUCAGUCAUGUUUCCUUAUUACAAAGGAUAUCAACCGAACUUGCAAUUAGAUUACGACGACAUUCUGGCCAUGUACCAACUGUACAUUUCGAGACAAGUGCACGAUGAUAGGAACGACGGCGAGGUUACAACAACAAUGUCCACGACAUCUACGACACCGAUGACUACUACUGCGAAACCUACGACCACAACGACGCAGCCUAAACCAACGAGAGCGAGUUCCAGAACGACAACACCCUACGACGAAUACGAAGAUUACAAUGAAGUGGACACCGAUCACAACGCAAGUGGCGGAAGUGGGAAGAAGACGAGUGUGGGGCAAGCGGAUGAAGUCACUACGACGCCGACGAUGGUGACGAUCAAUUACGAGGGUGACUACGAUACUGUCGACGAUCAUCGUAAAAAGUUGAACGUCACUAACGGUGAUCAGUCAUCCAAGAUUCCGGAUAUUUGUCAGGGCCACUUUGACGCUGUUUCCGUACUCCGCAAUGAGCUUUUCUUUUUUAAGAAUCAAUACGUCUGGCGAUUAAGCCAACGGACCGUGAUAGACGACGCAUAUCCCAUUCAUUUCCGCCAUCUGUUUCGCGAACUUCCAGAAGCCCUACGCAAAAUUGACGCAGUGUAUGAACGUCCCAACGGCCACAUCGUCUUCUUUUCCGGUCCUUCCUAUUGGGUCUUUGACGGAGAUCGUAUGAUAGAAGAAAACUUACCGAUUAGUUGGCUCGGACUGCCGGACGGAUUAGACAAGUUGGACGCCGCGUUCGUUUGGGGCAAAAACAAAAAGACUUACUUCUUCAGGAAGAAUCUCUACUGGCGCUACGACGACAUUAAAAGACAAAUGGAUCCGGGUUAUCCGCACGAUCUGUCCAGAUGGAGAGGCGUAGUGUCCGACAUAGACGCAGCCAUGCAGUGGACUGACGGACGGACUUACUUCUUCAAAGACAAAAUGUUUUGGAGGUUUGACGACACGCUAGUUCGCACGGAUAUGCGUUACCCUCAAGAAGCAACGCCAUAUUGGCUGGGAUGUCCUGAAUAAUCCCCCCCCCCCCCCAAUCGAAUUUUCUCAUUUUCAUUCAAAAUAUAUACAUAGAUAUAAAAAGAAAAAAAAUCUAACCAUUUAUGUAUACAUAUACUGUGUUAUUUGUUUUGAUGGUUUGCCUAUAUAUUACACUACUGUUAUUGGAA